ACCUGCUAGCCAUGGAGUGUGGACCAGGAGAUCUUCAGAGUCUCCCAUCUUCAUUUUCCUCUGCCAGACUUGGGACCCCUCUGUAUUUCGAAGAACCCUGGUUCCAGACCUGCGGUCACACCAACAUCGCCUGCAAGAUGGUGAAGGGGAGGCUGGUGGAGGUAGGCAAGUGGCCAUGGCAGGUGAGCAUCCUGUUCCUGGGCGCCUACAUCUGCAGCGGCUCCCUCAUCCACCACCAGUGGGUCCUCACGGCGGCACACUGCCUGCAGAGAUCCAAAGACCCCAAAAUGUACUCCGUGAAUGUGGGAGUCCAGCACCUCCCAGACAACGGCACUCAGCUCCUACUCACCCGCAUUGUGAUUCACGAGGAUUUCCGCAACCUCAUAUCCCAGGACAUUGCCCUCCUGAAGCUCAGGGACCCCAUCUCCUGGUCCCCCCUCAUCCAGCCUGUCUGCCUACCCAACAACAGAUUCACGCCGUCUGUCGGAACCAUGUGCUGGGUCAUCGGGUGGGGACGUAAAAACGCUCGAGUCUCUUCAGUAACCCCAAAGACCCCCUACAGUCUUCAGGAGGUGGCUGUCAAGAUCAUAAACAGUGAAACCUGCCAAGAGCAGUACCAGUUCCUCUUCUUGAAGGACCAGAAGAAGUUCAUUGGGAAGGACAUGCUGUGUGUCAGCUCGGAAUGGGGCAUGGACUCCUGUCAGGACAACUCCGGCAGCUCCCUCGUCUGCCAGGUGAACAACUCCUGGAUUCAGAUGGGGGUGGUGAGCUGGAGCCUGAGCUGUAACCAGCACCGCUUCCCAGGCAUCUACACCAGCACUUCCCACUUCACCCGCUGGAUCAAGAGGCAGAUCUCCGACAUGAGGUUCACGAGCAGGGCUGGCCCUGCCUUCCUGAGCCCCGUCGCCCUGACUGGCUACAUUCUGCUCGUGUCCUUGGGCUCCCUGCGGCUCCUGUGAGCGGUGUUUCUGGGGCAAGCACUCCCAGAGGCUGCUUCUUCCUCCCUCUGUCUGUGCUCAGAAGACGUGCAGACCCAGGGAGCACGUGACAUCAGGACAGCACGCCCUCGGGGGAGGGUCCCAGAGCCACUGGUUUUUAAGUUGUUCAAUGAAGAUGCUCUUGAGUUUUGUGCCACAGAAGGGAUCUUUCUUCUCGACCGUGGCCAGAAUCCUUCAGAGCCUCC